AUGACAGUGGUUGAGAAUGCCAAGAAUGAGCUAAUUCCCACUCGGACAAUUACCAGAUGGAGAAUAUGCAUGGACUACAAGAAACUCAGCAAAGCUACCAGGAAUGAUCAUUUUCCGCUGCCAUUCAUUGAUCAAAUGCUGAACAGACUAGUUGGGCAAGAGUAUUACUGCUUCCUUGAUAGAUACAGUGACCUGGUUGAAUCUGUGGUAGAAGUCUUUAUGGACGACUUCUCAGUUUUUGGAGCCAGUUUCACUGAAUGUUUAUCGAACCUUCGACGGGUGCUGCAGCGCUGUGAGGAAACCAACCUAGUCCUCAAUUGGGAAAAAUGUCAUUUCCUGGUACAAGAAGGUAUAGUAUUGGGACAUUGGGUUUCAAAGAAAGGACUGGAGGUAGAUAAAGCCAAAGUUGACAUCAUUGAACGGUUACCACCACCAACUAAUGUUAAAGGAAUCCAAAGUUUCCUCGGCCAUGCAUUCGAUGCGUUGAAGUAUGCACUCACCCAUGCUCCGAUUAUUCAAUUCCUAGAUUGCUACACCACGACGGAGAAAGAGUUGCUAGCGGUGGUAUUUGCUUUCGAGAAGUUUCGCGCUUACUUGAUGGAAGUAAAAGUGAUAGUCCAUACUAAUCACGCUGCUUUGAAAUAUUUGCUAACCAAGAAAGAUGCAAAGCCAAGAUUGAUUAGAUGGAUUCUGUUGCUACAGGAAUUUGACGUGGAUAUUAAGGACAAAAAAGGGUCAGAAAACUUGGUGGCCGACCAAUUGUCUAGGAUCAUAAAAGCAGACGAGGGUAAGAACGCUGUAGCCAUCAGAGAGAGCUUCCUAGAUGAGCAACUGCUCACAGUUUCGUAUACAGAUGCUCAAGAGGAAGAACCCUGGUUUGUAGAUAUUGUAAAUUUCUUGGCAGUAGCAAUACGUCCAGAGGGAUGGACAAAACAGCAGUUGAAAUGUUUCUUCUACGAAUGCAGAUUUUACUAUUGUGAUGAUCCUAUUUUGUAUAUAUUGGGGCAAGAAAAUAUACUUAAAAAAUGUGUCUCAAACUCGGAAGCAUCCCAAAUACUAAAGAGUUGCCAUGCUACUCCUUAUUGGGGACAUUUCGAGGGACAACGAAUAGCAGCCAAGGUGCUUCAGAGUGGCUAUUUGUGGCCAUCAAUUUUCAAGGAUGCGAACGAACUGGUAAAAAACUUCAACGAAUGUCAACGGGUCGGAAAUAUUUCAAAGAAAUCAGAAAUGCCAUUGACUUAUAUUUUGGAAGUUGAAUUGUUUGAUGUGUGGGGUAUAGACUUCAUGGGCCCAUUUCCACCAUCAAACGACCAUCGGUUUAUUCUUGUAGCAGUUGAUUAUGUGUCUAAAUGGGUUGAAGCAAUCUCAUGCCCCACCAGCGAUGCUAAGGUGGUAACCAAAUUCCUACUGAAAAACAUCAUCACCAAAUUCGGCACACCAAGAGCGAUCAUAAGUGACGAAGGGACACAUUUUGUGAAUAGGGCAGUCGCAGGAUUAUUAGCUAGGUACACAUAG